AUGAUUUUGCCUGCCGCUCGCGAGUACCCGCAGGUUCCAAUCACACCUCCCUACCGACCUCUCGUCUGGGGAGAUUUCAAUGUGAUUCACACCACCGAUACUCAUGGUUGGUUACUCGGACACCAAAAGCUGUCAUUCCCUGAACCAGACUAUAGUGGGGACCUUGGAGAUUUUGCUAGUUUCGUGACGCAUAUGAAGAAUAUCGCCAUCGAAAAGGAUGUCGACCUACUUUUGGUUGACUCGGGGGAUCUACACGACGGAACUGGGCUAUCUGAUGGUUACCCUCCUGGUGGUGUCGACGCGCACGAGUCAAACAAGUUUCUUGAACGCCUUCCAUACGAUGUCAUGGCUAUCGGAAACCAUGAACUAUACAUCUAUGCGAAUACAUAUGAUAUGUACACGAACUUUGUCCCUCAUCUUGAUGGGCGGUACUUGUCCUCCAAUGUCAACAUCACUAUUUUCAACUCGGAUGGCGAGCCUGAGAGUGUGCCAGUUGGCAAUCGCUACACCAAGUUCACCACAAGGAAAGGUCGUCGCAUCACUUCUCUUGGAGUCCUAUAUGAUUUCACUGGGAAUGAUGUGAACACGACUGUACAAACUGUGGCUGAUAUGGUCAAUGAGCAAUGGUUCGCCGAGGCCAUCGCGGAAGAACCUGACGUGUUUGUACUUAUUGGACACAUGCCAGUUUCUUAUGACAACUGGCCUACUGUCUUUAACGCUGUUCGUGCUGUGCACCCUUUGACGCCCAUCCUAAUCUUUGGAGGACAUAGCCACAUUCGUGACUGUCAACAGUAUGAUGGUCGUUCUAUGGCUCUCGAGAGCGGACGCUACAUGGAAACAAUCGGUAUGAACUCAGGCGCGGACCUUGAAACUGCCAUGGGCAACGCCAACAACAUUUCUUUCACAAGGAGGUAUUUGGACCAGAACCGUGUGACUUACGAGUACCACACCCAAAUGUCAAACCAAACGUUUGACACCGCCUACGGACGCUCGAUCACUGACGGCCUCCAGGCGCUUGCGGUCAGUUUUGAUUUAUCCUAUCUCUACGGAACAGCCCCACAAGAUUAUACCAUCAACCAGAACCCAUAUCCUUCCAACGAAUCCAUUCUAUCUCUUUUUAUUGCAGAUGCUGUCCCAUACGCUCUCUCUAUUAACAACACGCGUGAUUCCAUCCCAGCCAUAUUUAUCACUAAUUCGGGAUCUCUACGCUUCAAUGUCUUGCAGGGGCCAUUCACAAAGAACGAUCAGCUCACCGCCUCGCCAUUCACGGAUUCAUUCUUGUAUAUCUCCAACAUAUCAUUUGGCAUCGCAAACCAGGUCCUUCCAGCUUUGAACAAUGCGGGCGCGAGCGAGAAACGGAAGCGAGAUGAAAUCGAAAAGGAACUUUGGAGCCGUGGGGUUGUUGACACUCGGUACAGAGCCUGGUUAGAGGAGAUGGAUCGGCGUGCUGGACUGGGUAGACGAGAAGCAAUGGCAGGCAAUUUGACGCUUGGAUAUGUCACGACCGAUUCAUGUCCUGGUGCUGGGGACGACACGCUGCACUUGGCGUUGCCCUACUAUUCGGUUCCAGACUAUAUCGGCUCGAACCCCCCUAAUGCGACAGACGAUACGGUUAUUGAUCUUAUCUUCGUUGACUUCAUUGAAGCAGAAGUUCUUACCAUUCUCAACAGCUUGCAGAAUGCGCAGAACUACACAACCGCUGAUGUUUCGCUGUACAGUCCGACACUGGCUGACGCAGCACUGGGUCUGUAUGCUCAGGCUGCGUGGAACUAA